AUGGCUUCUUCUUCUUCUUCUUCUUCUUCUUCUUCUUCUCAAGAAAAGUAUGAUGUAUUUCUCAGUUCAGGGCAUGUCAACACAUACAAGGAUGAUGAAAACCUUGAAAGCAGCCAUAGAUUCUCUGAAAUCAUGGAGGCGAUUAGGGAAUCUAAGAUUUGCAUAAAAGUUUUCUCCAAAGACUUUGCAUCUUCCACAUGGUGUUUGGAUGAAGUGGUCCGCAUAAUCGAAUGCAAGAGAGAUGGAAAUGAUGUUAUAAUACCCAUUUUUUAUGGCAUUGAACCAUCCACCGUACGGAAACAGGAGCAGAGUUAUGCUGAAGCAUUCGCCAGACACGAACAACGUUUUAAAGACAGUAUCUACAAGGUGCACCGGUGGAGCAAUUCUCUCAAGGAAGUGGCUGGUAUCAGAGGUUAUAAUUCAAAGAAAGGAAGGUAA